GGUACUUUUUUCCCCUUUUCCUUCGCGCUUCUAAACGCUGUCAUUUUGUCCACCACAACCCUAGAAGGAGACAGCUAUCGAACUCUCCUCCCACUUUUUUCCCUCUCGCUCGACCUCCCAUCCCACCAUAUCCUCUACUGCCGUUCCUUCUUCCCCCAGACCACCACCAGUCCCGCCGUUCCCUACCCCCAGACCACCACCAACUCUGCCGUUCCUUCUACCUUGCCACCAUCAUCUUCAUCUCCCUCCAGAAAACGACGAGCCGCAUCCAAGAAGUCAAGCAGCAACGACGGUUGCACCACCAUCAUCUUCCUCUCCCUCCAAACAAAUGCGAGCUCGCAUCCGAGAUAUGAAGUAGUAGCGAUGUGGUAUGAACCGAUGAGCUCUAGCCAGCGCCCCUUCCUCCUCCUACUAGCUACCCAUUCUAGGUAGAAGCAACACCGACAAAUAUUCCCCUGACUCGAUUCCUCUAGCAAAGAAGGUCCAGCCGACGCUUCUUCCUCCUCCUACUAACGAUCCAUUCCAGCCACGCCAUGGCUGAUUGCGGCCCCUCCCCCAUUUUCUGAUGGUGAUUUAGAAGAUGGUAAUAUGUGUAUGGAACUGCCACCGGAGCUUGAAGUUUCAGGCACCAACAUUGUGAUAGCGUUUUCCAAAGUCUGAAAACCAGGAGCUUCAUUGCUGAGGAUCUUCACUGUAAAGCCCAGCGGUGUUAUCCAUUUGGAUAGUAGCAAAGGCAGAGGGGAAGCAUGUAUUAGGCUGUGAGAUUGUUCAGAAGGUCCUGAAGAAAAAGGUGAAGUAUGGACCGAAGGAGAACCCAAGAUACGCAAAGGAGUCAUAAUGUUUUGUGUCAUGGUGGACAACUUAGAAUGUUUGGUCAUGUUGAACAAGGAGUUAGAUUGCUAUAGAAAUGGUUCUAAUGUGUUGGAUCUUUAGUAAUCUUUCCAUUAUUGGGUUGCAAUAGUGGAAACAAUUUCGAUUUAUAAAAUUUAUGGAGCAGGUCAAAUGUGACACCUUUCCUGACAACCUAUACUCGUCAUAAUAUGCAG